GCUGGAUGCCCAAGUUGCGCAAUGGGUAACAAACUAAGCUGUUCUUGUGCGCCGCUUAUACGUAAAGCAUAUCGGUAUGAAGAUUCACCGUGGCAAGCAUCGCGUAGACGGGACGGUCAUCUCCUGAGUGUAUUUAGGUUGUGGGCUGAAGUAUUCCACGUUUCGGCCAGUGGCGCUGGUACCGUCAAAUGGCAGCAAGUUUCCGAAGAUCUGGUUCCGGUCAACAUCACCUGCAUCCAAGAUUCGCCAGAGUGCAUCUUCCACAUUACCGCCUACAACAGCCAGGUGGACAAGAUUCUCGAUGUGCGACUAAUUCAACCAGGAACUCGAAUCGGUCAAGCGUCAGAAUGCUUUGUAUACUGGAAGGAUCCAAUGACCAGCGAUACCUGGGGUCUCAACUUUACUUCUCCUAUCGAUGCCAAACAAUUUCGCGAGUGCUGCUCGCCUUCUUUCAAAUUUUCACGAAAGGCCUCCUCAAGCUAUUCACUAAAACUUGAUCCACCCGGAAAGGGCAAGGUAAAAACGAAACGAAAACCACUCAGCACUCCGGCGAGUCCAUCGAGGGCCCGUGAACCGCAGUGCACCUGCAUGACAGCCGAGCAGUACGCACGCAUCCGGGCCCAGGAUCCACGCUAUCGAGGAUCAUCGACCCUGCCGCGAGCUACCAACCGUGCGACGGAAACAGAAACACUCAGGAGUGAAAAGAUUGCCACGGCCACAUCCAGCACUUCACUGUACGAUAAUGUCGGAGCUAACACUACUCAGGGAACUGCCAUCAAUACUCAAGAUACCGGCAGCCGACAAACCAAAUCACAGGAAACCAGUACAAUGACUAAUGUCGGCACGGUCACGUCUUCGUCGGUGACGCAGAACCACGUCGGUUCGCAAAUCGGUCAGGACGAGACCAACUCGAACAUGGGCACCGGACAGCGCAGCGGAGAAGAAACCUCGAAAUCGGAAGGAACGCAAGCCGGUGGAACGCUACAGCAAGCGGACCGGUCUACCAAAACCACUUCAACGGGAACGGGCACUCGAACGAAAGACUUCAGUGAUGACAUGUCACGUGAGCAGCACGACAUGCAUCAUAACCUCAUCAAUAACAACCAGGCAGCCCGAAGAAACAAAUCCAAGAGCACCGAGGAUAUGAAUAUCGAUACCUCGACGAUGAAGCGCAUGCUUAAGCCGAUGCCAAGCGCAGAAAGCCCCGUGACAUCACCGGAAAUGGGACGUCGACGUUACAAUUACUAUAACUCUGCAACCAACACGCCACACACGCAUCAGCACACUAUUCAUAAUGCACAUAUGUUAAACAAUAAUGGCACAAUCUCACGUAACGCAAGUCAGAGUUCCCGAUUCUCCGGAUCGAGAUCGUCACACGAAAUCGGACGAGGCCAUCAGCACGGUCCCCGUGGGCUCUAUCUAGAGCUGGAACGGGAACGCAGCUGUGUCGAAGGUUCGCCCCCUUCAGACAACGUGAUGUUCGAUAACCAGUGCUACGCGACUACUCCCAGUUCGAGCAACGGAAACUCCGAUCAAGAUCAGCCACCGUACGGUCGGCAGGGUGUCGGCAACCGCCAUACGCAUCAUCAUCAGAAUCCACCUAACGUUACGCCUACACCGGGUUCACCGACCUCUCGACUGUUACUGGAAUACGAAAUGCAUCUGCGUAAUACACUUGCCAAAGGAAUGGACGCCGAGUCGUACAGUCUGCAUACCUUCGAGGCGCUAUUAUCACAGAGUAUGGAAAAUCUGGAGCUGGCCGAAAGUCUGCCGGGAUCCACACAACGAAGUCCAUAUCCGAUGCGAAGAAGGUCCUCCGCCAGUGCCAAAUCAUCAACACUUCCUCUACCGCAUCGGUUGGGCCCAGAGCGACCGCCACCGGUGCGUGAGCGUGAACGAGAACGCGACCGGGACCGCGACGGAUACUACAGUGAUCGUAACGAGCUGAUACGAGAACGUGAACGAGACCGAGACCGCGACCGCGGCUAUCUCAGUGAUCACAACUCCAACUACUCAGCGGCAACACGUUGUGCAUCCUGCAUCGGAGAGUCGGCCCGUGCCCAAUGGUUCCGUCAUUCCGACGGUUGGCGAUCGGGCAGUUCAACGUUCGGUUCGGGUUCCGGUGCCGGCUUGGUACCCCAGCAAGGCCUCGGUACGGGUGUCGGUGGCGCUGGAAGUGGCGGCGGCGGCGGUGGCCACAAACGUUCACCCUGGGAUUCCUUGCCUUCGUUGCGUCAGGAUUCCAGCCUGAACGAUUCGGGCUACAAGAGUAACCGGGCGGACUCGUUCGAGCAAAGUUCUAUCUCGUCCAGGGGUGUGUUCGAUCGCCAGGACAGCCUCCGGUCGGACUACAUGAGUGAUCGGGAACCGCGGUAUGGCAUCGUGCAGCAGGCAUCGAUCGACAGCACGGACUCGAGACUGUGCUAUCUGACAUCGUCUGAGAUAUCCGACGAUGACCGCAUGAGCUUGACGACGGCCGUGUCAGAUGAGGACGACGGGGAAAGUGUGAUGGCUUCACCGUACAAAGCGAAAGCAACUGGCACUGCCGCAGCGUCAUUCAACUGUACCGGAGCGGUUCGGAAAGCAGGAUUCCUCUCGGUCAAGAAAUGGCUACUACGCAAGAAGCACCAGAUCGAGCUGGCCCGCAAGCGUGGUUGGAAGGGCUACUGGGUCUGUCUGAAAGGUACCACCUUGUUGUUCUAUCCGUGCGAUUCGCGCGAAGGCCGCUCGGUCGAGGCAGCCCCCAAGCACCUGAUUAUCGUGGACGGUGCAAUCAUGCAGCCGAUACCGGAACAUCCGAAGCGGGACUACAUCUUCUGUCUGAGCACGGCCUUCGGCGAUGCCGCCUUCGGCGAUGCGUACCUGUUCCAGGCGCCCUGUCAGGUCGAGCUGGAGAACUGGGUCAACAGUAUACAUAGUGCCUGUGCUGCAGCGUUUGCAAGACAUCGUGGUAAGACUGGUACACUACACUUAUUACAAGAGGAGAUUUUCCGUUUAGAAAAAGCAAUAGAAUCGGAUCACAAACUGAAACAUAUGGCCGAUCUACAGCAAAGCGUCGUCACCGAUACGGACACCCGACACCAGAUCCAACAACAGAUUCUACAAUGGGAGGAGAAUCUGGAACGACUUCAUUGUGAGCAGUUCCGUCUGCGGUGCUACAUGGCCUCGCUUCAGAACGGAGAGCUUCCAAAUCCUAAGUCUCUUCUAACGCACGUGUCACGCCCCACGAAGAACACUCUGAAUAAACUGGGCGUCUUCACGGUAUCUUCGUUCCACGCGUUUAUCUGCGCUCGGUCUCCCUCCCUGUUGAACAAUUUACUGGCCGGACGUGGAGCUACCAAACGGCGUCCACCGAUCCUGUCCCGUUCGAACAGUGGCUCUAGCCGACGAUCGAUGCAGAUGAGCACCCGUGACGAGACGGAGAAAUCCUACAAGGUUGCCCUGCCGGAGAACACCUUCGGCACGGUAUAUCUGCGGGACGGAAUGUCCGUGGAGGAGUUCCUUGCAAGCGCCUGCCAACGCAAGAAUCUUAACCCGAUGGAACACUUUGUGCGGGUUAAAAAACGUCGCGAUAUGGAAGAUCACAACUACUUUGUUCCUCAUCGAAAUGAUCUGAUCGAAACAUAUCUACACACUCAUGAAAUGGUUGAAGUUUGCGCUAAAAUUUUGUACCAAGUAGAAUUACAACGAACAACACUGGAGCAGAUGUGGGGCUUUUCGGUUGAAGCUGAACUGAUCGAAAACGCGGACCGACAGGACGAACUCUGCUGCUACGUAAGCCGCGUAGAGGACAAGAGCUUGGCUAUGCAGAAUGGAGUUAUCAAAGGCGAUGAAAUAAUUGUGAUAAACGGCGCUAUCGUCUCCGACCUGGACAUGAUGUACUUGGAGAGUGUUCUCCAGGAAGAACAAGCCUUAUGCAUGAUGAUGAGAUCAUCACGUACUGAACCACCAGAUCUAGUUGGAAUACUGCGUUCUACAGAUGACAUUAUUGAGUCGCUGGUAUGUCCUCCUCCGCCUUCCGAUCCACCGGUCAUUAGUGAGGAAAUGAUUUCGGGAUUGAUUGUUCCUGCACCUGGCUGGCGUAAGGAAGUAUACUCCCCGGAGAUCGAAAGCUCUCCCGCUCCGUCGGCUAACGAUCCGCACAUGGACCGCUCGAAGCAAUCGUCGCGUACCAGCAGCUUCGAGAUCGAAAAUCUGCUCAAAUCGGCCGAACAGGUAACCGGAUUCUGCCGUUCGCCGCAGGAAACUCGCAAAUCUAGCCCUACGGGAUCGGUUGCUUCUUCGGUGUCGAACGCCAUGCUAACACCCUCACGACAGCUAAGCGAUGCCGAAAAACUUCGGAAGGUCAUUCUCGAGCUUGUUGAUACCGAGAAGGCCUACGUUAAGCAUCUGAACAAUUUGUUGGAGUACUAUUUGGAACCACUGAAGCGUGAAACAUUCCUAUCGAAUGCAGAGAUAACGGCUCUGUUCGGCAACAUCCAGGAGAUUGUCACAUUCCAACGGCAAUUCCUGAACAACUUGGAGGAAGCUCUUGAUCUCGAACCGGACUUCCACCAAUUGGAGCAUCCUAGUCAAUUUAAGAACGUACUAUUCGCAAUCGGAUCGGCCUUCCUGUACUACGUGAACCACUUCAAGCUGUAUUCUUCCUUCUGUGCCAGUCAUAGUAAAGCUCAAAAGGUGCUACAUCCAAACGAAGGCAAUCAGGCACUGCAGGAAUUCCUGGUUGCCCGAAACCCGAAGCAACAGCACAGCAGUACCUUGGAGUCGUUCCUCAUCAAACCGAUUCAACGCAUCCUCAAGUAUCCGCUGUUGCUCCAGCAGUUACGCAAUCUGACCGAUCCGAAUGCGGCCGAACAUCUGCAUCUCGUCGAAGCACUCAAGGGCAUGGAAAAGGUAGCGGAACACAUCAACGAAAUGCAACGAAUCCACGAGGAAUACGGUGCCAUCUUCGAUCAUCUGUUCCGCCAGCAUCAGAAGGCCUGUAAACAACCGAUUGAUCUCAGUCCUGGUGAUUUGCUAUACUACGGAGGCGUUGAAUGGUUGAACAUCUCCGACUUUUUGGGCAAGAUAAAGAAAGGCCUUGAGCUGCACGCUAUGUGUUUCGUAUUUAAGUCUGCUGUUGUGUUUCUGUGCAAGGAACGAUUACGCCAAAAGAAGAAGCUAAUGGGUGUUUCGAGUAAAAAUGCCACCAACGAGGUGGAAAUAAUUCGCUACCAGGUUCUGAUUCCGGUGACCGAGGUACAAGUGCGCGCUUCAUCCGCCAAGGACAUGGACUCCCAUUUCCUCUGGGAACUGAUUCAUCUUAGAUCGCAAUUACAACGAAGAUCGGAAAAAGUUUACGUGUUAUCAAACAGCACUGGAGAAUUCCGUAAUGCAUUCCUGAAAACAAUCCGACAAAUUAUACGCGAGAGCGUCCGCAACAUGUCGAUCCCAUCGUUGAAGAGCAUGGGCGGUAGCAUGAGCUCCGUGACCGGCAUUGGCAGUUCGUCUGGAAAUUCGCAAACUCUCGAGCGUCCCAAGCAGCAGCCGGUGAUUAUGCAAGGCUCGCAAACACUGGGCAAGCCGAAAAAGUCCAAGAUGAACCAACGACAUUCGUCUGGUAAUAUAGACUACGACAACACGACCUCCGGCAGUCAGGAAGCCGACGAUCCUCCCGUCCCGCAAUACAGCGGUCAAUUCCGUAUGCGCAGUAAAACUGUCGGGGAUGUUGGAGAACAAGUAGCCGCCUGCCGAAGAAAUCUCAGUGAACGCGAACCGGAAAAAGCCGAUCCAGGAACGAAGUCUGAAGGUGAAGAUGACUCUCAACAUGGUUCAGUAAAACCUAAAUCGUCUCUGGGCAAAACACCCAACCAUCUUACUCUGAGUACUACGUCAACAUUGUCCGUCGGUAGCAACGGUAGUCAAGCCCGCCUAAUUCAAUCGUCGCAUCCGCCAGCCACGUACCAUCCGGUGCUAAUGAAGGAUCUAGGAUCCCCGGUGUGGAAGCCUAGAGACAUGAUUAGUUUAGGUGAUGCCCAGUCUUCUUCGACAGCACGUAGAGAUGAUUCUAGCAAGUAAACAGAUUAAAAACGAACAUUAAUAUGGUUCAAUCAUAAACCAAACCUACUAAGUAGGCAGAGAAAAGAUUCCAUAACGUGCCAAAACGCCGACACAAACUGGCAUCACUGUGCAAAAUUAACGGAAAAUCGUGGCAUGCCACAAAUGGAAAUGGAAGCACUUUUUUCUGACUACCGAGUGGAAUUUGCUAGCUAAAAUAUCCGGCGGAGUUGUGUAGGGUUGCAAAAAUCUUUCGUUAGUUUAUGUUCUUGAGCAUUUUACCGCAAACCAAGCUGACGGCGACAAAGUGAGAACGUAAUGAAUGAUAAUUGUUAUGUGAAAAAAUGUUCGCAUCCAAUGACUGAACGCGACAAGGCAAAGCAAAGGGUGUACAGCACUCAUCCUUAGUAGGAAAAUAACCCAAAUUAUCUAGUAAAGUGAAUUUUUAUGAGAAAAAGAGCAAAACUUAGUGAUAAUUUCUUAUUAAAAGACGUAGUUAAGUCUGUGCAAGUUUAUAAUUAUUAUCAAAAUAACACAGAAAAUAAAAGAAUAUAAGUAAUAUCCACACUGACCCACUACACACAAUGACAAAAAAUCGUAGUACCAUUGGGGAAAAAUGAAUGUCAUGUUAGAAAAUGAAGUUUCAAAGCAGACAGACUAAAAACAGUUAUUUAUUUUACUAUGUAUUUCAGAUACUUUUAAAUCUCGAAAAGUAAAAGAAGUACUUGCAGCUAUAUUAGCAGUAACAAAACUUUUACCGCUAAUAUUGAAAGCAAUCGGUAGACAAGACCUAACAUGAUACUAUUUGAUUGUGAAUUCCUAUACUUUUAAGUUCGAUAGUCUGUGAAAUUGUUAGCAAAAAUGAAAGUUUGAAAAUACCAUAUUCAACACACAAGAAAGGGAAUUGAAUUUUAUACGUCAUAAAAUAUUUGAUUGGUCGCAUUCAAGCCCAUUAGACACGUUUAACCAUCUCCUAAAGAUGUCGCAGCCAUUUGUGUUGAACUAAAUGGUAAACGAAAAAGUUAUUUCUGUUGUCAUCCUUGUUCUAGUGGAUGUGGCGUACAGAAAAUUCGAUAAUCACUAUCAAAUAAUGUAGUUAAUUAAUGAUUCUUCCUAUAUUGGUUCACGGAUUUUUCUAUAUAUCUAGUGAUUUUAGAUACAAUGAGAGUAAAACAAUAAACGCAAAUUACAAAUAAAAACCAACACGUAUAUCUUGAACGAAAAUGAGCUAGAGUUCUCUCUGACAGAAGGCUAAAAUUUCAAAAUCUUGUUUGAAAUUUUUAACCACAUCUCCUCUCUAUUGAUGAAAUCGUACUACUUUUCAAUCGCAAGAAAUUUAUGGGGGACAGCACUUGGCUAAGAAAUAAACAAGUAAACACGAAACUUAAAAUUAACCAUUUAGGCAAAAAUCCUGCAGAAAACCAGUCGUACUAUAUAGUAAGACACGUAUGUUUCCUUUUAUAUUAAAAAGCAAACAACAGACAACUGCACGCGUUCUUUCCUUCACAGAAGUAUUUAUAAAUCAUAUACAUACAAAACAAACAUUAUUGAAAUUUAAUGAAGCAGAAACUGAAGAUCGAUCAAAUUUUAAAAAGAACAAUGCAUAGCGUACCAAACCGAAAUAUGCAUCAGUAACAGAUCCUUUCAUUCUACUUAGCUUCAUUUAGUUUACUAAACAUCUCUUCCGAAUUGCAUCACAAAAUACAUAGUCUUUUAUUUUCAAUACUUUCGAUACUGCCAAAAUGUCAGUAUAAGAUAAAUAUAUGGGAAUUCACAAAUAUCAACUUAAAACUGAGUUUACCGUAUUUGAGUUAUUCUUAGGUGAAGAAAGCUACUAGGAAAAAUCCAGUUAUGUUAAGGCAGAACGAGAUUUUUUUUUCGAUUCGAUAUAUGUGAAGGAUCAUCUCUCCUUUGCCAAUAGUAGAAUAAUCACACGAUUUCCAAAACAUUAUGAACGGACGCGAAGAUUGUCGAGCAGUGAUUGCAUUAGGAAUACACUUAACAAAAUUCUUAUAAGAAAACAAAGAAAAACAAAUUACCGCAAAAAAAUUGUUACUCAAUCAAUAAUCUAUGGUUAUCAUACACAGAAAAAAAUUUAUAAACAACCCGAGGUAACUACAGUUUAGUGGAUCUUUAUAUGAAGAAACCCAAACGAAAAAGCAAAAUAGGAAUCUUCAUUCAAUCACCAAAAUUCUUCUUUUCCACAAAUAAAAACAUGAAAGAAAAAAAAAGACACAAACACCUAAACAGAUGAAUGGGUAAAAAAAAACUAACUGAUACAAAAACUAUUACACUACCUAACACAAUUAACCACACUACUUGAUAGAACACUAAUGAUGCAAAAUCAACAACCAGAACACAGCAAAAAAAAUUCGACACCCUCUCUUGGUUAAAUUAACCGUUAAAAGUUUGUACACUUACGGAAGUGGAAAAGAAAGAAGAAAUUGUGCCAAUUAAUUGAGGAGAGCAGAAACAAACAACCGCAUAUGGGAUGACGUUUAGCAUGAAGGAAUAGCAUUAAAAAUAUACGCAGAAAGUGUGACCGUUCGAUUGUUAGUAAUCCAAUAUCGCAGUAAGCGGAGAAAAACAUCGACGAAGAGAAACGUGUUGUGUUGUUAGAUACCAUAUUCAAUGUAAAACUACCCUUACGUUAUGGGUUGACGAUAUGAGAUAGUAAAAUCAUAACCGUGGUAACAUCAGUUCUGUAGCAGUGAAGCGGGCGGAAAAUGAAUCGAAACAUGCUGACGCUUGGUGCAAUGUAACGCAGUUGAAAAUGAAGGUGAAGCAGAAUAGACACGAUACUGAUGAUGAAGAUGAUAAUGAUGCGAGAAACUGAUUCUUGUUUAUUUGUUUUGUAACUUUUUGAGAUGUCUAAGUAUUCAAUAAAUAAAAAUAAUUAUACACAAACACUAAA